CUAUCGCCUGCGGAACUUCAGCCUUUCUCGCGCCAAACCAUAUUUCCUCUUUCUCUUUCGACGCACCGACGGCUGCUCUUCAUGCCACAUUAUAUCCCUAUAGGCCCCGUCUGCCCACGAGCCAUACACUGCCUGACCAACAGCACCAACAGCAGCACUGUGGCUGAACACAUCGAUCAAAGCGGUCCCGUUCGGCACCAUCGAUGGUGUCUCGGUGGUCGUGUUUGUCGUGUUUGCGCCUCCCAAUUUGAUUUCCUCCCCCUCCCUCUCUUGCUCCACCUCAUCGGCAAUCUCUUUCUCGGUGGGUACGGGGCAGAGCCCAUAGGUCACCUGAGCGGCCCUGAAAUUGCCGCCAGCCUCCAGUAUUCUCGAUUCCGAGUAGAGUCUGCACUCGAUGGUGAGCAGGCCGCUGUCUGGUGUGUGUUCGGGGUAGUCGAAGAAGACCUCAUAGCAGCGGACCGUUUUGCCCAGCAGCUGCUGCAUGCGGACCAUGCGCAUCCUGAGACACCGACGUAUACACAAAGAGACAGACAGGCAGACAGACAAACCAUCAAAUUCAUUCACAGAGAUGCGUCUCUCGUUCGUCAGCCGGAUCGACCGACCUGCAGAGCAUGUCACACCAUGUGUCUUGUUCUCGCCUGUCCAUGGUGAGAGCUGUAUAAGUGCAUGCUGGCACGCGUGUGAGAGACAACCAGUUGUGUGCCCCUUUCUGAUGGUUGCCUGCCUUCUGUUGGAUCUGGGUCCAGGUGUGUGUGUUUGUGUUUCGUGGGUGGAUGUCUCUGGCUGUAGGCUGGCCAGCCAUGCAUCAAGUCAGGCACAACAGCAUUUUCGGCAUGUAUUGACCAUCACGUGGUGUGUCUGAUUGCAGCAGUCUCAUCCUGGCUCGCUGUCGUUCGCUCCUCACCUUCUCCUCUUCAUCUGUGUCUCGAUCUCCGCGAUCCUUCGGUCCAUCUGCAGCUGUCGCUCGUCCAUCUGUAUCUGUCGCUCGUCCAUCUGUAUCUGUCGCUCUCCAAUUUCCUUCAGCAUCCCUUGCAAGACUGACGACCACCAAAAGACCGACUCGACAGCAUACCUCAAGGGCACAAAGAACGCGUGUCUCUUUCCCACCUGACAACAUGUUCGAUUGGGAAGACAACAUGCCAGCUGCUGCAGAAGAAUUGGUUUGCUGCUCCCCUUUGAACUGUUUCAGGGCUGCACACAUACAUGUAACAAGAGACAUUCCAGAUCAGAGGUAUACUGACGUGAUAAUAUCUCACCUGUCAUGACGUCAGAGGAGGUCGCGUUGUGGAAAUCCGCUGAAGUGAUCCAGUAAUCGAUGUCCUCCCUCGAUCCACGCCACUCGUCACACUGUCGGACUUGCACCAGCUGUUGCACGUGAAGGCAACACAGGGGGAAUGCCAGGAUGGCGAAGGGAAUGACAAGGAUGAAGACCAUGGCGUUCCACAAACGCUUGCCGAAUGUGCGGGCCUGGGGGGAUACAGUGUGCACGCAAAGUCACUACCUGAGUCUUGCCGUGGUGCUCACUUGGCGAAAGAAGAGGCAAAACAGGAGACAAUCUGUGUUGUCCAGUGCGAUAAAGUAGUUGUCGUAUCGCAUUACGUCGGGAAGACGCGCGAGGGCCGAAAAAAUGAAGACGGGCGUGAAUGCAAGGACGAAAAGGAGCCCGUCGAUGACGUUAAAGAUCAACAACAAUGCCCAGAAGGCGAUGCAGCCGAAAGUGGUCUCGUAUCUGACACUCUCGGUGACAGUGUCAAUUACUCCAAACCGUUGUUGAAUGAAAGUGAUGAGGCGAUCUAGUGGAGCCGAUACGACCAAGGCUGCAUGCAGAAUAACCAGGGUGUGGAUGCACAAGUGCGUAUCGAUGGGGAAAUCAUUGAUGUUCGCCACGAACCAAUGAGAUUGAAUGGAGGAGGCAGCCGCUCAAGCUUGGGCAUUGACAGAUACUCAUUCAGCACACGAAUGCGCAGCAGCCUACCGACACCAGAAGUCAUCAUCAGCACGUCGUCACUGCCCGUGGCGUCGUGUGUCUCACUUACUCGUAUUGGGAAUUCUGUGUCCGCUCGAUCACCGAAUAAGUGGACGCCUGAUAGACAUCACACAAUGGCAUCAAUAGACCCUGUGCACUCCAUUGUAGGCCUUCUCGCUGCGCCUUACCAUGAUGGCGAUGAGCAGGUUCAGCUAUGUGAGCAGUGGAUAGAGACACGAAGCAAACAUGGAGAGUCCAUUCGAGCCCUUACAGGUAGCUUUCAUGGCAACGGCUUACGAGUAUGAUGGACGAGAGGAUGGCGUAGAUGAAGAGCAGGACGGCGCCCAAAGUGUCAUGGUUUUCAAUGCAGUUGUUCAGUGGAGUCUCGAUCUCGCCAAGGCCGGCGUAGAAGCUGCAAACAUAGACAGGCAGACAGUCAGAUGUGUUUGGAUGCCUGCCGUCCUUCCUUACAGUGUGAGUGUGGCUUUGCCGUAUGUGCCGAAGAACUCAUGAUUUGCGUCGGACGAGAGAACGGUCAACACUCCGGCGAAGACCAGCAAGAUGUAGAGGUACACCAUUAGGAACAUGCUGAUGUCAGACAGCAUCUUCACAACAGCUCUGAUCAAGGGAGAGAGAGACGCAACAUGAGACACGGAACUUGGCGGUAGGUUUCUAGAAUUUGCUGACAGGAUGAGCGGCCCGAUGUUUCGAUGCAGGCUUGCUGUUUGCAGAAGGCGCAGGGCAAACAGGAGGGCGAUGGCAAUGCCUGCGUAUGUCUCCGUUUCCGACGACCAGCCGGUGAAGUGGAUGAAGAGGAAGACGACGAUUGACAAAGAUGACAAGAGGUCGAUGUAGUUCCAAGUGUCUGCCCAAUACGAUAUCCUGAGCCGGAGAGCCUAGUGAGCACAUGGGCACAUUAAUGAUUCUCAGUGAGUACAUUUCGUCCCUCCUUCCUCUCUCCCCCCCUCCUACUUGGUUGAUUUCGAGAAGUAUGAAACCAGCGCCUGUCGCCAAACAGCCGCAGAGCCAUACCGACUGCCCCAUCAAUGUCAACUCCAUGUCGCCGUCUCCUUUCAUCGUGUCGAUGUACAGGAAGUGGAAAAUGAUGCUGUCAGACAAAGGGAUAUCAUGUGGAUUUGCAUGCUUUUUUGUGCUCCCAUCCUCACAGGCAGAGCAUCGACAAGACGCGGCUGAAGGAGACAUUUCGGGGCGAAAACCUUACGCCCCAGAGCCUCUGCAAAGGGAACUCUUGCAACUCGUACCCUGGAUAUGCUUUCUGCCAAUGCCGUGUGACGAGAGAGAUGCAGUUGGCUGUCUCGACCACAGCAAAAGAAGAAAGAGACACAGUGAAGCGAUAGCAUUCUUCGUGUACCAACGGUUGUGUACUCUGUGUGACUACUUGCAGAGCUUCAGCAGAUUGAAUGCCGUAGAAUCAGUCCAUCUCCCAGCCCACUAGUGAGCGUUGAAAGAUAAAUUGAUCUGACUGAGCGCACUGACUGGCCGCGAAUGACUGAAUCAAGUCACUAUGCAAAUCGUGAUUCGUGUCGGUGUCUCUCUCUUCUUACCUCCAUCCAGUCUCCCACUUUCGCCAGCUCCCUGACCAUCAGACAAAACACAGCAUCAUCAUGCCUCCCUGACCAUAUCCUGGCAUCCCUUGAUAGGAGGGGUUGCUCGGUGAGGGAGUCUCUUGGCCGUUGCUGCACCAGCUGGCGGAUGUAUGAGCAAAAGCGGAUGCUAUGAAGGUUGGGGAACUUGGAGCGAUGUCUCAGGUACUGGGCCAUGGCGCCUUGCAGAGAGGGCAAGAUCAUCGGCAGCAUGUCAUCCAUGAAUAUGCGAUCGAACUUCUCCCUCAUCAAGAGCUCCGCAAUGACAAACCCGCCGGCCUCUCGCAACAUCGCUGCCAGAGCCCUGGGAUUGUGCGUGAUUGCAUAAACGAGAGGCGUCCGUCCUUCCUGUAUGGACCAAACAGGAAAAAAGGUUCAUCGCAGACCAGAAAUUGUUGAGAUGAUAAAAUGCAACGGCGCGGCUUACUCUGUCCGCUUUCGAUAGCACAUCAGGGUUUUUUUUUACUAUCCACUCCACGAUUCCUGCGAUUGCAACUGAAUGAGGAGAGACAAGCAUAGAUACUUCAGCUCUAAGUAUAUGAGCUUUUCUAAAUGACCUGCUCGUCGGUAUGCCAAACUCGUAGGGCCGCUCGUAGGGCCGCCCGUAGAAUAUUCUUUUCUUUGCUCCCAAGGUACCGUAUGCAAAGGGGUUCUUCCCGCCUGAUUUUACCAUUUUGUUGCUGCAAAAAGAAGAAUAGAGGCGCUUAUACCUGGUCUUGCAGUAUCAGUCCUUCCACUCCAGCCUCCUCAACAAGCGUCUCCAACAUCUGUAGUCCUUCGUCUCCAAGAGAGGCUGCCAUAUGAAAUGCACUAUGGCCGAACUGUUUCACAGGGGAGAGAACAUACACCAUCAAAGCAAAAAGCCACAGUCGUUUCUCACAGUACAUUGUCUUGCACACGCCAUAAAUUAGGGUGCAUCUUCAGCAGCGCCUUCACGGAUUUCACAGUGUCGGACGCUGAUAAACAGCAAGGCUCAAACACAAGGGCACUUGACGUCUUUCGCUUUGCUCACUUGCUACAUGAUGAAGUGCUGUAGCUCCCUCCGAAUCUUUCACUUCGAGCGCCUCCGGUCCAGCGACCUCAACAAGCGCCUCCAAGGCCUGUAGUCCUUCUUCUUUUUGACAGAGUGCUUCCUGAAUGGCCCUGAAGCCAGACUGUGUCACAGGACAGAGAGUGAAUACAGUCAAAUCAAAGAGGCACAGCCAUUCCUCACAGUACAUCAUCUGAUACACGCCAUAAAUCAGGGUGCAUCUUCAGUAUCGCUUUCACCACUCCCGCAUUGCCCGACGCUGAUUGAAAGUAAGGCUCAGGUAUAUCGGCAUUUGGUGUCUCUCGCUUUGCCUCACCUGCUGCAUCAUGGAGUGCUGUUGCUCUCCACGAUUCUCUCAGUUCGAGACCCUCUAGUCCAGCGACCUCAGCAAGAGCCUCCAGGAUCUGUACGCCUCCACUUUCACGUCGACUGGCGGCUUUGUGGAAUGCAGUCUGACCCUGUUAAUCCGCAGCUCACAGAAAGCAGAAAGGAUUGGACAGACAACUUCUAAAAGCUCUCUUCUGAGCUCACAGAAACAUCAAAAGAAGCUCCACCGGUCGAACGAUAAGUUUUAGAGCCAUCAGUAGUGAUACGCCAGAGAUCAGGGUCCAUCCUCAGCAUCGCCUUCACCACAUCCACCGAGCCCCGCUCUAUGGACACCAGCAGAGUAAGCAGCAAAUUGUGUGUCAUCCUUUGCUCACCUGCUGCUGCAAUAUGCAGGGGAGUCCCAUUCCGCUAUCAGUAUAGCAUACACGGCGUGACACAGCAAGUCAUCUAGAUGUUUCUGGGCUGUGUAAUGUUGUACCUUAUCCUUCAGGCGCAGCAAGUGGCUCCGAUUGUCGAGCAGCAUCUCAAAAACCUCCGAGUUUGAACAUGUCACUAAGCCAAAAGAUUGACCAUCUCAUACGUGGUGAUGCAUUGCCAUGUCACCGCGUACUUGCGGCCAAAUGGAUGGCAGAGUGUGUUGCUUCGUAUUUCUGUUCGCCCCAUUGCCAUCUUCCAAACCUCAAGGCUUGCUCGAUCUGUUCAGGAGACAGAUCGGGAAAGGCCGCUUCCAGUGCAGCCGCAUCUGACUCCUCGAUGGCCUUCUUGAUGUUCUCUCUCAGGGAUGCCACCUGUCGAUAAGCGGCAGGAUACACGUGCGAAUAGAAUGUGCGGUCACGCAAACCUGCCGCAAAUCAGGCUUCUUCUCUAACAUCCACUUGACCCACUGGACCACUCCUUCAUUCCAUCUUUCUGAAGACGUAAAGAGCAAAAAGUGAUUCCGAGUGCUUCUUGCGACGUGUCUCAAUAUGACGACCUUCUGCCGUGUCAAGUGGGAGCUUUCCAGACUCAAGAGAAUCGUAGAGAUGGGGGAGGGACGACAAAGAGAAUCAAGAGAAGAGAAGAUGCGUAGUGUCUCGUACAUUGUCUCUCAUCUCUAGUCCCUCCAGUCCAGCGGCGUCAACAAGCGCCUCCAGAAUCUCUGGGCCCUCAUCGUCGUACCGCCGCGCUGCCAUGUGAAAUGCAGUCAUUCCAUCCUGUCGAUAACACGUAGAGAGCACACUGACAUCCUCCCCCUCCAGUGGUACAAGCUUAUCCGUGCAACUUGGGAUACCUCAUAGGUGCGACGCCACAGAUUAGGGUCCAUUUUCAGCAUCAUCGUCACCAU